CACAUUCUCUCAGUCUAAAGCUUAAGGUUGGUAGUGAGAGGACAACAAAAGAUGUGUUUUCACUGAUUCGUGUUUGAUCCUUCUGAUCUUUCUGCGGAAUGUUGUCCAACUCUAGCAUGAUUGGUGACUUGUGGAAAUCUAGUGCUUGUGGAGGUUUCUCUGUACGCCUAGUUCUCCUGGAUCUGUGGAGAUAAAAAGGAAAAGGGUGGAUGUGGGAACCUGUGGUUGAACGUCCUAAACUGGACUUAAGCUGAGAUACUUCUGUCAAGCACAGGAUGAUUGCAUACGUGCACUGCCUCUCUACUGAACCAGCUGGGAAAUGCUGGAAAAGGACCUACUAUGAGGACGAAGAUGAACUUCUUCCACUUUAUACUCGCAAAUUGAACCUCCAGCCCAAGACGGAGGGCAGCCUUCGCCGCAGACUCCUCACCUCCAAAAUUCACCAGCAGCAAAAUGCACUAUGGGCACCCAAACCCUGGGCGGGACCACCAGCUCGAAAGGGCGUCCCACUGCAGGGCCAGCCCAACUACACCUUCAGUCCGUCCUGCCACGACUGGAAAGCGGUGUCCAGUCUAGAUGAGGAGAGCAAGUGGUCGGUGCACUACACAGCCCCCUGGCACCAACAGGAGAAUGUCUUCCUGCCAGGAUCCAGACCAGCCUGUGUCGAGGACCUUCACCGUCAGGCCAAAGUCAACCUGAAAACAGUCCUCAGAGAGUGCGACAAGCUCAGGAAAGAUGGAUUCCACAGUUCCCAGUACUACUCCCAAAGCCCUGCAUUCUCUGCAACCAGCCUUUGUGAAAAUGUGCAACUGGAUGAGGAGAAGACAGAGAAGAAAAAGAAGCGGUUUAAAGUCCUAGACUGCCUAUCACAGUCUUGCCUCUCUCUCUGCUGUCAUUUGAGACCUUGGAAAAGAAAGGCUUCAGAGUCACCUAAUGAAGAGGAGAAGCUUGUGUACUCGAUGCCGCCUCAGACCCCUCUGCUGGAACAUGACCCGGACAUCCAGAGAAGCUGGACCAGUUGUCUACCUUUGCCCACUCCUGAGGAGAAGAUGAGACUACAGGCCCAGUCGGUGGCCACUGCUAUCAUUCCCAUCGACAUUACAGGUGAGAACUUUGACCGUCAGGCCAGUUUCCGUCGCUCUGCAGCAAACACUGAUACCAUAAUACGAAGACCCAAGAGGGUGCAAAGAAGAAAGACAAUAACAGUUCUUGAUAGCAUCCAAACUGAACUAGCAAAUAAAGUACAAGAUGACAGAAUUGACUCAAUGUGUGUGGCAGAUCAGUACUCUACCCUCAGUCGAGUGGGAACUGUAAACUCCACCCUGAGACGCUCAGACACCCGUGACUCCAGCUGCCAAACAGAAGAGGUAAAGAUUGUUCCUCCCUCAGUACGUAGAAUCAGAGCACAAAAAGGCCAUGGAAUUGCUGCCCAAAUGACCAGCGUCUCCUCCUCAAGCAGCAUUUCCACCAUGAGUGACUGUAAUGAAAUUAGCUACACUCAGCUUAAUGACAGUGGUCAGAGCUUUCACAGUUUGCCAGGACAAGGUUCUCACAUCCCACAUCAACACUGUGAACCACAGUACAACAGCGCCCCCUACAGGAUGGGUUCUGGCUCUACAAGCUCCUUGUCCUACCAGUUUGACAUGCAGCAUGGUUCCUCAUCGUCACUGCAUAUGCUGUCCGAUUCCAGAAGCAGUACAUUAAACAGUCCCAAGCUUGCUGAAAAUCCAAAUUACAGAGGCUCUGACCAAAAUAAUAGCCCAAGCUUGUUCAGUCUCAGUGGUGCACUACAGAAUUCUAUUCUUUACGGACACAGAAGGACAGAGGAUAACCAGAUGCAAUUAACUCAUUCUUCAGCCCAGUUGCUUAAUACUGCUGAUGCCUCGUUGUCGGCUGUCUCCUCUUGUUAUGAAUCCAUAACCUCCCUCUGUUCAGGGAUCCAUACAGAGACUGAGUCCCAGUGCAGCACACUUGAUUGCAGAAACUGCGGCAGUCAUAACUGUGUCCGCAGGGAUUCCAACUUCUCAGAGAGCAGCAAUCAAAGCUGCAGCACUCUUACCACUGACCAGUGGACAUAUGAAGUAUCUCCAAAGGACAGUGUCACCUCAAGUUGCUCCUCACCUGUCAGCCAUAAAUACAACAGUGAGGAACAUUCUCCCAGCAAGACGGACUCAAGCUCAUUGUUCUCUGUUGACAACGAAGGUUACUACACCUCCAUGCACCUGGACUCUGGUUUAAAGUCACAUAGUCAUGGCUCCAUCAAUAAAGCAGUAGAUGCAAAGCACAGUUUGUAUGAAUGCAGGGACCACCACAGUCAAGGGGAUCAUGCAAGUCUUCACAGCAACCGCUCCCUGACUCGCAGCAUUUCCCUGCGGAAAGCCAAGAAGCCCCCACUCCCUCCAGCCAGGACUGAUUCCUUAAGGCGCAAACCUCAGAGGAAGUCUUACCAAAAUGGCUCAGUCCUUAGUGAGCAGUUGAUAUGCAGCCUCCAGCAGACCUUAGAGCUUAACCUAAAAACUCAUAGUGCAACUUGCUCUGAACAGGCAUCCUGCAGUGGGUUUGAAAACCCUUGGGUACUCCGACCCAGAAGCCAGAGCUCCACAAGUGCAACAAGCAGUGGGAUGUCUGCACCAGCUUCUGUUUGUCCGGUCACACCCACACACAGUGAUUGCAGCAGUCAGCGCUCAGACUAUGCAGAGUCGUGGGACUUCUACAUGGAUUACCAAGGUCCACAGUCUGACCAGGGUUUCUCCUCCCACAUCACAAGAUCUGCAAGUGCUGAGGAAAAUCAAGUAAUCAUGGACAAUCCAUCCUACAACAUCGGAUCUCUAUUGUCCCACUGCAACAGUAGUGGGAUUCAGUCAAAACUGGCCUCAUCACCAGACAAGGUUCAUCGUCUGACGUCACCAUCAAGUGGUUAUUCAAGUCAGUCCAACACUCCAACUACAGGCACCCCAGUUACAUCUCUAAUAAGAGCAAAGUCUCCUGCAGGAAGGCCAAAACCAAAAGUGCCCGAAAGAAAGUCCUCCCUGCGGUCCUCUGUGUCGUCCUCCUCUACAUCCUUGUCAUCUAACACCUCAGAUUCCACCAGAAACAUCCCGCUACCUCCACCUCUACCUAACAUGACCAUUACAUCAUGUGAAUCAACCAGACCUGCUUCCUGCUCUCCAACAGCAGCUAUGGUAGACUCAACCCCACCUCUUCCUCUUCUACCUGACUUGGAAGAAAGACAUAAUUCACUUUCAGAUUCAUCCACAACAUCUGAAAAGUGUGACUGUAUUGAUUUCCCCCCUUCCCCACCAAAGGUUUUUGAAUCUCUGUCAAAAAAAAAUGAAGGUACAAAUAGUCCUCCACCUCCUUCACUUCUUCCUCCCAAACCUUCACUGUGCAUUCUAUCUUCUCCACCUCCUCCUCCGUUACCUGAGAUGAGUCUUCAAACAGCAGCCAUUUUGAACACAGAGAAAUGUCUUACACCUAAGGAGGCUGUGGAAAUUGAAAAAGCACUAAACAUCAACCACACUGGGGAGCAAGAAAAGACUUGGAGACCAAUAAUUACUGCCAAAGCUCUUCAGAUGGUGCAGCUACGGCCUGUGAAGCUCAAGCAAAUAGAAGAUAUUUUUACAGCAGUCAGUUUUGAUGAUUUUGAUGACCAAGCACACAAGCAUUUUGAAACAAACUCAGGAAAGUCCCUGGAAAGCGAGACUACAGAGCAAACUGUGACUGCCAUUUGUGUUAUUCAGUCCAAAAAUGCCAUGAAUACAUCUGAACAUGAAUAUUUAGUGAACAAAUUUAUAAAAGAUUUCCCUGAGGUACCAACUGGUUCUUUACCUCCUGGCCCAGAUGAACAUGUCAGAAAUACUGGGCAGAAUGUUUCAGUGCACCUUUCUGAGACAUCUCCUGUUUUAUCUUCCCAAGAGCUUCUGCAAUGCACAAACUCCUCAGCUUCUCCUCAAAGUUGUCAGCUGAAACACAAGCCUCCUAUAUCAUCUAAGAAACCCAAUCUUUCCCUUAUUAUACCACCCAUUAUGCACCUACCUCAGCUUCAACAGGUUUAUGAUGCAGAAAAGACACUUGAGUCAGGCCAACUGAAUGGCACAACAAACACAGUUAAUUUGCAAGCAAUUUCUUUAGACUUUGAGGUGGAGGAGGAGAGUGACUCAGACUCUUCAACCCCUGUGGUCAAACGCAGACUAUCUCUCAGCAGUGAGUUGUCAUCAAGCAGUCUGCAAGAGCUCGUUCUUAAUGAGCAUGACAUCGGCCUGAGUGAUAAAGACUUUGGACUCUGUGAUGAUAAAUGUACAUCAGAUGAUGGUUCAAGCAGCAGCUCAGGAUCCAUCAGCUUUAAAGAGGAUGAACAUGAGGAAAAUGGUGCUGUGUUUGACUCGAGCACUGAAAGCGCAUCUAGCGUUAACACUAACGGAGAGGCUGUGGAGGAGAUGGUGACGCCUGUUCGUCCCCGUACUACAGAGGACCUUUUUGCUGCCAUUCAUAGGUCAAAGAGGAAGGUCCUGGGCCGUGGCGACUCUGAAGAGGAACGCUGCCGUAACUUCCUCCCUUCCCCACCUGUGACUCCAACAGGCUCUUGCCCAAGCCAAACGUCCUUGCCACGUCAGACUGGCUCCGUUCAGCGCAACCUGUGGCGCUCAUCCACAAGCAAUGACAAUUUUAAAGCUUUGCUUCUCAAGAAGGGCAGCCGCUCAGAGUCCAGCUUCCGCAUGUCAGCUGCUGAGAUUCUCAAAUGCACAGACCCUCGUUUUUUUAAGAAGGCUAAUUCAGAGCAUACACAAUCUGACGGACUGUGCACCUCUCCGACAAGCAGCAGGAGAGCACAUGAAGAGUGGGCACGUACGGAGGGAGCCUUGCCCCGUCUUACAACCCUAAAAUAUGGGCGUUCACGCACACCACCUUCUGCAGCCAGCAGCCGGUACAACAGCCGCAGCCGCAUUCCCAGUGGGCCAAUGACUGCCAUCUGUGAAAAAGAGGGAGAGAUGGCUGAGUCUACAGACUGCUGCUUUAGCGCUGAGAGUCAUUUUGCCCUGCCCAUAUCCUCCAGCAGCACAGUCUGAGCUCAAGGCAGCACUUAGUGCUAUCAAUUCAACCCUAAUGGCUUGUAAAGGAUAGUUGUCCAUACAGUAUGAGGACCGCAGAGGUCUAAACUCUGGCUGGAAGGCCAUGCUUGUGCUGGCCGAUAGCAUUCCCCAAAGAAAUGGGGGAAGUUUCUGUAAUUCUCUAACCAUAGUUUUGCUCUUUUCCAUGAGUGAAAGCUUCUUUCAUAAAACAUUUGAGUUCUCAAAAAAUGUGAUAUUAACAGAGGGUUACUGGUUUUGAUUAAUCAAAUGUUCUCAGCUCGCUGUAUGCAGGUUAGGAGAAUAAGGAAAAGUACAUUUCCUUCUUGGUGGUAAGUUGAGGGAUGAAUGAAUGGAGAAUGUCAUUGAGGGAUUCCGUUUCAAAUGGCCCAUGCUGAUGUGUUUCUGCCUCUGUGACAAGGGAAGUACCCA